GUGUACUCAACCCAAGCACCAUCCCCAUCUGUCGGAGUCAAUUAAGUUUAGGUACUGUAGUCGCACACCAUGAGCGUAGCCACCGAAAGCUCAGCGGGAGUCCCCAUACCGCCUGUUCAUGAGCACCAGCCACAACCUUAUGCUGCUUCAAAAUCAAGACAGCUACCACCAUCGCCACCAGAGACUGUGCAUGGCGACGAUAGCGAAUCCACUACCUCAGCCAUCCUAGAGCCAGACUUUCCACUUCCUCCACCAGCAAAUACUCCACCACAAGUUCUAGACAUCGACAAGCCUACCCCGGAUGCGCAUGUCCCACGAGACCCUCGGUUAAUCCGGUUGACGGGUGUCCACCCGUUCAAUGUCGAAGCACCGUUAACCGAUCUGUUUAAUGAGGGCUUCCUGACAAGCCCAGAACUGUUCUACGUUAGAAAUCAUGGUGCAGUACCAGAAGUUCAGGAUGCUGAAUGUUUGGACUGGGAAUUCUCAGUGGAAGGUCUCGUUGCAAACCCCCUCAAGAUUACACUACGCCAACUGCUGGAAGAAUACGAGAACGUGACAUAUCCCAUUACGCUCGUCUGUGCUGGCAACAGACGAAAAGAGCAAAAUGUUGUGAGGAAAAGUAAAGGCUUCUCGUGGGGCCCAGCUGGUCUUUCGACUGCACUCUUCACUGGUGUAGUCAUGAAAGAUAUCAUUGAGCGAGCGAAGCCUCUGCGGAGAGCGAAGUAUGUUUGUAUGGAGGGCGCCGACAAGCUCCCUAACGGAUACUACGGCACAUCGGUCAAACUAAAUUGGGCCAUGGACCCGAAUCGAGGAAUCAUGUUGGCGCAUAAGAUGAACGGCGAAAUGUUGAGACCUGAUCACGGGAAACCGUUGCGAGCCGUGAUACCGGGUCAGAUUGGUGGCCGAAGUGUCAAGUGGCUGAAGAAGCUGAUCAUUACUGCUGAACCUAGCGACAAUUGGUAUCACAUCUACGACAACAGGGUAUUACCCACAACGGUCGACCCCGACGAGGCAGCAAAGAAUCCCAAGUGGUGGAUGGAUGAACGCUAUGCUAUUUACGAUCUUUCACCAAAUUCGGCCAUUGCAUUCCCCGAGCAUGGCGAGAAGUUGACCCUUAGUUCGAGCCCGGCCUCUUACAACGUGCGUGGCUAUGCUUACAGUGGCGGCGGACGGCGCGUUGCACGUUGCGAAGUCUCCCUGGACAAAGGGAAGUCGUGGCGACUUGCAAACAUUGACUACGCAGAAGACAAGUACCGGGCUUUUGAGGAUCGACAGCUAUAUGGCUCAAGACUAGACAUGGACUGGCGCGAGACGAGCUUCUGCUGGUGCUUCUGGAAUCUUGAAAUUCCUACUGCCGAACUCAAAGAAGCAGACGAUGUUGUGGUACGAGUGAUGGAUGAAGCCAUGUGCGUGCAACCAAGGGACAUGUACUGGAGCGUCCUGGGCAUGAUGAAUAACCCGUGGUUCCGGAUAGCAAUCAACAAAGAGGGCGACACACUGCAGUUUGAACACCCUACCCAACCUGCUCUGAUGCCGGGAGGAUGGAUGGAGCGUGUCAAGAAGGCCGGUGGCAAUCUCACCAACGGUCACUGGGGAGAAAAGAUGGGCGGUGAAGAGCCACAACAUGCCGAUGUUGAAGAGGUAAAGGAGAUCAAGAUGACCAAGGAUGGCGUUGAUAAUGUCAUUGGCAUUGAUGAGCUUCGGAAGCAUGACAAAGCCGAAAGCCCAUGGUUCGUGGUGAAUGGCGAGGUCUACGACGGGACUGCAUUUUUAGAAGGGCAUCCAGGUGGUGCGCAAAGCAUCGUGAGCGCCGCGGGCUUGGAUGCUACAGACGAGUUCAUGGCGAUUCAUAGUGAAACAGCAAAAGCCAUGAUGCCAGAAUACCAUAUUGGCACCCUAGACGAAGUGUCUCGCAAGAUGUUAGCAGAAGGUCAACCGAGCACCGAAUCCAACGAGCCACGACCCAUGUUUUUGAACCCGCGCGAAUGGCGCAAAACACUGCUACAUUCCAAAACGAAGGUCUCGUGGGACACGCGCGUCUUCCGUUUCAAGCUCGACCACGAAGAGCAAGCGCUUGGUCUCCCCACAGGCCAACACCUCAUGAUCCGUCUUCGCGAUCCCGUCACCAGAGAAGCCAUCAUCCGUUCAUACACGCCUAUAUCCCAGACAACACAAAAGGGUUACUGUGACGUGCUCAUCAAAGUAUACGCAGACACACCCGACCGCGUCGGGGGCAAAAUGACAAAAGCACUCGACGCGAUUCCCGUGGGCCACUGGGUCGAUUUCAAAGGCCCCAUUGGCAAAUUCGAGUACCUUGGCCGGGGGCUCUGCUCGGUCAACGGCAAGCAGAGACGAGUGCAGCGCUUCUUCAUGAUCUGUGGCGGUAGCGGCGUAACGCCCAUUUUCCAGGUUCUGCGGGCCGUAAUGCAGGAUGCGGAAGAUCCGACGCAUUGCACGGUGCUGAAUGGCAACCGGCUCGUGGAAGACAUACUCUGCAGAGAAGAUCUAGAUGGGUUUGCGAGAAACAACCAGGAUAGGUGUAAGAUGUUGUACACGUUGACACAGGGACCCGAGGACUGGCAAGGUCUCAGAGGGAGAAUUGCAGCGCCGCUGUUGAAAGAGCAUUGUGUGAGGGGAGAGGAGAAGGAAGAGGGCGAGAGUUUGGUGUUGAUAUGUGGGCCUGAGGCGCUGGAGAAGGCUGCGCAUAAGGCAUUGGUGGAGCAGGGGUGGAGAGAAGACGACAUUAUGUUUUUCUAGGUGUGAUGGGGAAUACUUGCUUUUACACUGUGGGUUCCUGUUGUUUUCCGUUUCUAUCUCGGUUUGUAGAAUUGUAAUGUAGGGAAUGAAGAUUAGCCUAGGGCUGUCCUAUAGAGCAGAGAACGG